CGUGCCCCGCUUAUAAUGAUUCCCGAACUAGUCUGCCAUAGGCCACGCUUUAUAGUCACCAGAGUUUUCAGCAAUAAGAAUAUAUACGUUACACUGGCUAGUAAUCCAUUCAGUUAUUGUUCGCCGUUACAACUCGGUUUCAAUUUGCCGGCAUAAACAUUGCUGUAGUAGGAUCCAUUUACUGGCCAGCCAAGUAGCUGUUUGUAGUUGAUGAUGAUGUUAUGUAAUGUCUGACGUCCUCGUACUCAGCCCAAAGUCAAAAUAAAUGCGGCUGCCGCAGUUCCUCCGCCCAUUCUAGCUAGACAGGACCGCACAUGUGCUGCUUGUAUAUUCCGUAGGAUGCUGGAAGACCCGUGUCUGGGACCCUGACCAAAAUCUGCACCUCGGACCCCUCCACCCUUCGGAGGAAGCCGGUCCUUUCCCCUUUCCCGGCCUGUUCGCUCUGGAGCGAUUGAUGGCCCAGUUGUCAUGGCGCUGUUCUUUCAUGCCCGCCCCCUGUCAUCUCUACUGAACCCUGCAGCCCUGUCCUGGGUUAGCAAGGGGGUGACCAUGAGGGGCUUGCCUGCAAUGAGACUCAUCCCCCACAGAGGGGUGGAAACGGAGGCCCCUGCCCCCCACCUGAACGCUCAGGACAGCGUCGAAGUUCUGGGGCGCUCAUACCUGCGGGACGACCACACCAACGUCACGGCCAAGAUCCUGUCCAAAGUGGGCCGCAACCUGCACACCCGGGCCCACCACCCGCUGUGGCUGAUCAAGGAGCGGGUGAAGGCACACUUCUACCGGACCUACACGGGUCGUCGCGGAAACCCCAUCUUCUCCGUCUUCGACAACCUGAGCCCGGUGGUGACCGUGGAGCAGAACUUCGACAGCCUCCUCAUCCCGCCCGACCACCCCAGCAGGAAGAAGGGGGACAACUACUUCCUGAACCGGGGUCACAUGCUCCGCGCGCACACCUCCGCCCACCAGCGAGACCUGGUGCGCUCCGGCCUGGACAGCUUCCUGUUAGCGGGCGACGUGUACCGCCGCGACGAGAUAGACGCCAGCCACUACCCCGUCUUCCACCAGAUGGAGGGCGUGCGCCUCUUCUCCGAACACCAGCUGUUUGCGGACGCGGAACGUCACGGGCAGCUGUCCCUGUUCGAGGAGGACGGCCAGCGCUCCCCGCAGAAGCAGGAGACGCAUUCGCUCCACGCGGUCCGGCUGGUGGAGUCCGACCUCAAACGCUGCCUCACCCGCCUCAUCAGACACCUCUUUGGAGAAGAUCUGGAGAUCCGUUGGGUGGAGUGCUACUUCCCCUUCACCCAUCCAUCCUUUGAGAUGGAGGUGCGUUUCCAGGGUGAUUGGCUGGAGGUGCUGGGAUGUGGGGUGAUGGAACAGCAGCUGCUCAACUCAGCUGGGGCGGAACACAAGAUGGGCUGGGCGUUCGGGUUGGGCCUGGAGCGGCUGGCCAUGGUGCUGUACGGGAUCCCCGACAUCCGCCUCUUCUGGAGCGAGGACGAGCGCUUCCUCAGACAGUUUCAUCUGCCCCACAUCGACCAGGCCGUCACCUUCCAGCCUUUGAGCAAAUACCCCCCCUUGCUGAACGACAUUUCCUUCUGGCUGCCAGCACAGGGCUACAGUGAGAACGACUUCUAUGACCUUGUGAGAAGUAUCGGAGGUGACCUGGUGGAGAAGGUUUCCCUUGUCGACCAGUUCACGCACCCAAAAAAUAAGAAAGUCAGCCACUGCUACCGCAUCGCUUACCGUCACAUGGAGAGGACGCUAAGCCAGGAGGAAGUGCGCGUGGUCCACCGGGCCAUCGAGAGGGCGGCCGAACAGGACCUGGGGGUGCGGGGCAGGUACUGAGCCCGGCACGGAUCCCGCCUGCUCCGCCAUUCUGCUGCGUGAAGUGUCAGAGCCUUCAGUCACCCGCUCUGCCCCACCCCCCAGUGACCCAGUCUGUUUCCCUGAUGCAGUGGCUGCCCUGAAUGGCGUAGCCGCUCCGAGACCGCCCUGCGAGGGCGACACGGGUGAUUUAAGGCUGAAGUCAGGCACCGGCUCUCGGCCACCAUGGGAGAGAGAGACAGGUAAAUAAAGCAUGAAACCGGCCCACCACCUUUUUUUCCCACACACAGUAUUUUUCUGGAGCUCUUGAUUUACUGACCAGAUCAGCUCUGAUGUUGGAUGAGAAACUCCACCGACUAAGGUUAUCUUUGUGGAAAGUGAAGGACAAAUAAAUGCAUUUAUCAAUGAUAGAA